AUACCGAUUGAUGAGGAAGUGGUGAUGGUGAUAAUGCACCGCUAGUAGACCGCUAAACUGCUAAACUGUUGAGGUUCAUUUUAUGUUUUGGCGAACAGAAAGUCGUUCUUUGUGGUAACGCGUGAUCGCGAUCCUGGCCUCAUCGAAAGAAUGAAUGUCAGUGAAAUCUAAGAGCUGCUGCCGGCACGUGUACCAUAAUGUCAUCGAAAGAUUCAACCGAGGAGAAUUUCAAAAUACGUUUUUCUAUCUUACACGAAAGACAGUGACCCACCCUAACAAAAUUUUGUUUAACUACGUUAAAUCACUGAACAAUGGAGAACCACACGCAGGUUAAUACGAUCGACAUGAAUGGAAGUGAGGAUCUACAGGAAAAAAUAAAUAGAUUGGAAUCAGAAAAUGUUAAGAUGCGAGAAGAAUUUAAUAUUCAGAGAGCUAAAAUGAAGGAAUUAUUUCUCCAGAAAGAAGAGGAGUUAAAGAGAAGGUUAGAAGAUAACACGUGUCUACAAGAAGAAAAUGCAAAACUAAGAAAUGAAUUGGACGAAGCAAAGAGUCAACUGGUUGUAGCAGAUUUAAAAAUUCAAAAUGAUAUACUUAUAGAGAAAAGAAAGGCUCAGGAGGAGAUAGCGUCGUUGCAAAGGGUUAUACACGAAACAGUGGAGGAAUCUUCCUGUUCGCGAAAACAAUUAGAUGCAGAGGUGUCUAAGUUAAAAAUGACUCUUUCUAAGUUACAAGAAGAAAAUGUGUUAUUAAAGUCACAAUUACCUCGUGAUCCACCUAUAGAUGGGCCACAAAUAUCAUUGUCUACCGUAACGAAAACAAUAGCUCGAAAAGUAGUUUCUCAACUAGGGGCAGACGCUUUGUCUUUAGGUCCUGACAAUCUCGAGGAAAGCAUGAGGAAGGUAAAAAGAUAUGCACAGGAAGAUGCAGAAGUUUUACGUUCACUGGUAGUGCCGCUCGAGGAAGAGAUAAAAGCCUUAAAAGAGAAACUGAGAGCGACGGACGAUGAAUUACAGAAAUGUAAAGAGGCACAGUUACAAAGAAGGCAACAAGAAUCAGAUUCCUCCGAAACAACGUGUGAUAUGUGUAUAAAUUACGAAGCACAAUUAGUUAAGAUACAGGCGACUGCUAAAGAUUUAGAAAGACAGCUGUUAGACUCUGAACGCCAGUUGCAAGUGCAGAAAGAAGACUUGGCUAAAGAAGUGGAAUUCCGUAAAGAGAUGGAGGAGAAAUGGAACGAGAAAAAGGAAGAGCAUAAAAUCAAAGUGGCUGAACUCACGGUUACCUCGCAAACCUUACAACAAACUGUGACGGAAUUAAGAAAAACUUUCGAACAAGUUCAAAAAAAUGUGAAAGAUGAACUUGUGAAGUUGACUCGACGCCGAGAAGAAGUACAAAGACACCUAAUAGCACUUCAAAAGGAAAAUGAAAAUCUUGUUGGUAAACAGAGCAAGCAUUCCCAGCAACUACAGAGUGAAAGUAUCAACAUGCCUAAUAACGUCGAGGAAUUACAUGUUAGUCUUUUAAAAAUGCGGGAAGACUUGAUUACCGCUAAAGUUGCCCAAGAGGUUGCACAAGAAAAGGAAGAGACGUUACGGUAUGAAGUGACAUUACUUCAUGAACAAAUGGAACAGGAAAGUAGAGUAAAGGAACAGGAAAGCAGAAUAAAGGAACAGGAAAUACUUGUAUUAAAAAAUGAAAUUAGUGGACUAAGAACACAAUUGGAUACAUAUGUGCGGGAUCAUCGAUCGCUUGUCGAGAGGAAAGAAAAGAUCGGACGUUUAGAAAAGCAACUGGACACUGUUACGAACGAAAAUAUAGAAGCCGAAUUAAAAAUAGCCGAACUACGACAAAGAGUUACUAGUCUUCAACAAGAGCUAGAUACUAGCGAAGCAGUUCAGAAAGAUUUUGUUAGGUUAUCGCAAUCGUUACAGGUACAAUUAGAAAGAAUUAGACAAGCUGGUAGUGAAGUUAGAUGGCAACACGAGGAGGAUGUUGAAGAAUGUCCUAGUUGUCAUACUGCGUUCACGGUAACAAAAAAGAAGGUGCAUUGCCGUCAUUGUGGCCAUAUAUUUUGUCAGUCUUGUCUUUCACAUGUUGUGAAAAGUGGACCGAAACAAAGACCAUCCAGAGUCUGUGAUGUUUGCCAUACAUUGUUGGUGCAAGAUACAGCACCAUAUUUUAGCCAAGAACCACCACACACACCUGAUUAAUAAAUAUUCUAAAAACCAAUCCAACAAGAUGUGCAAUACCGAUUCUGGAAAAUGUAGAAAUGCUGUUAGUUCAAGAGGGGGCUAGAUAAAGAUUCCUAUUACCUGACAACUGGAGUGAUAAAAUAAAUAUCAUGUAAAUACAAAGUAUGUACUACUUAAUGUUUAUUGUAAUUUAAAAAAUUAAAGCUUUUAAAUGUAUGUCAGUUAUUCAAAAA